AUGGCCCCUAAAAUUGACCAAAGCAAAAAGCGGAAGUUGGACAAGAAAGCACCCAAGUACUAUGCAGUACGAGUGGGCUACAGUCCAGGUGUAUAUCUUCACUGGCCGGAUUGCCAAAGGAUGAUAUCGGGGUAUCCUGGGGCUUCCUAUAAAAGCUUUCUCACCCUCGCAGAAGCAGAGGCCUUUGUAGCGGGCCAGAAUCCAGGCGGCAACUCGGAUAAGUCGGAAAAGUACUACGCCGUCGCGAUCGGUAACCGUCCUGGCGUAUACACGGAUUGGAACGAGGCGCAGAGGGCAUACACGGGAGUAAAGGGACCCAAGUACAAGAAGUUCUCGACGAGGGCCGAGGCAGAAGAGUUUAUGCGUGUGUUUGGACCUAGGACACAAAAGCCAACUGCUCCGGCGUCGGAAGCAGAGGAAGAUGUGGAAGAUGAGGAAGACGAGGAAGACGAUGACGGAGAUGAAGGCGAAGAAGAGGCCAGCAGCGAAGUCGAGCUGGACGAUUUUGAUGAGCCGCCUGUCAAGAAGGCUAAGACAGCAUCCGAUGGUAUGACGGAAGUCUACACGGACGGGAGCAGUAUGGGCAACGGUAAAAAGAAUUCGGCGGCUGGUGUUGGGGUGUUCUUUGGUUUUGGGGAUCCCAGGUGGGUCAAGACGUCCUACUAUUUUGGCUCUCUAUACAAACACGGCUCGCUAACUAGGCGUUUAAAACACAGGAACCUCUCGGAACAACUUCACAAUGGACCUCAAACAAACCAACGUGCUGAACUUACGGCAAUACUGCGCGCUCUCCAAUCCCUCGGGGCGAACGAAGGCGUCCGGAUAUUUUCCGAUUCAAAAUACAGCAUCAGCUGCGUCUGCGACUGGUACAAGAAGUGGCAGACUUCGAACUGGACCACGAGCGCAGGCAAGGAGGUCAUGAACAAAGACUUGAUCCAACCAAUCAGGCGACUUAUAGAGCAGAGAGAGAAGCGUGGUGUCAAGACUGAGUUUGUUUGGGUGAAGGGACAUGCAGCCACUGAGGGCAAUGUGCAGGCCGACCUCCUGGCAGUCGAAGGGGCCAAGAUGGCUAGACUUGCACAGGCAAGCUGA